AAAGCGGGCUCAUAUGACCUUGGGCAGUUGCGAGCGCCGUAAAACUUUUACUGAUUUCUAACUAUGCUUUUCUUUCUGAAGUCUUUUUGGUCAUUUUUGUUUCUUUUUCUUUUUCACAACGGCAGGUGAGCAUGGUCAAGGUGUUCAGAUAGACCAAAUGACACUGAGCAAGGCAGAUCGCCAACGUUACGGUCAGGGAUGGAAGCACAACGCCUUCAACGAGUAUGUCAGUGAUAUGAUCUCCCUGCAUAGAAGUUUACCGAACCUCCCAGACAGCGAAAAUAACAGACGACAUAUUAAAAGUAAGUAUGCUUAUGUUUUGUUUACUCGGAUUAUUUUCUCUGAUAGAUGCAAAGCUGAAAAAUACCACCCGAAAAUGCCAGACACAAGCGUCAUCAUUUGCUUCCACAACGAAGCCUGGUCUGUGUUGUUGAGGACUGUCCACAGCGUCCUGGACCGCUCCCCGCCACACCUGCUGAAGGAGAUCAUCCUCGUGGACGAUUUUUCAGACAUGGCUCACCUGAAGCAGCCCCUCCUGGACUAUGUAGCUAAACUGCGUAUUGUGCGCGUGGUCCGGACCACCAAACGUGAGGGUCUGAUCAGAGCCAGGCUGCUCGGGUUUGCCAACAUCACAGCACAGACAGCCACGUUCCUUGACUCUCACUGCGAGUGUACGGACGGCUGGCUGGAACCACUGCUUGAUCGUAUCGCUUUGGACGACAGGACAGUGACAGUUCCAGUAAUCGAUACCCUCGACGACAAGACUCUCAAAUACAACUUCACAGGGAUCUCGGUAGGCGGUUUCACUUGGACUCUCGUCUACAGCUGGCACGCGAUCCCAAAACACGAGUUAGACCGUCGUAAUUCCAGUAUCGAGCCCAUCAGGUCUGGUCUAUAUUUUUACUGUUGCUUUCAUAAUCAUACUACAAUAUAUCACUGGAUUUUAAAAAAGAUACCCAAUAGAAUAAUAUCGUUUGUCCGUUCCCCUAUCUCUCUCUCUCUCAGAACCCCGGCCAUGGCGGGUGGCCUAUUCUCUAUCAGCAAGAGAUUCUUUGAAGAAAUCGGCACUUACGAUGAGGGAAUGGACAUCUGGGGAGCAGAGAACCUAGAACUUUCCUUCCGGGUCUGGAUGUGUGGUGGAACUCUUGAGAUUCUGCCUUGCUCACAUGUGGGUCACAUCUUCAGAAAGAGGUCUCCAUACAAGUGGCUGACCAGCGUUGGCAAAGUGUUGGUGAGGAACAAUAUUCGGAUGGCGGAGGUCUGGAUGGACGAGUUCCGGAAUUAUUACUACACCUGGAUCAACAUUCAGGAGAAAAAACUUCGCAGUGCAGCAGCGCCUGUGUGUUUGGACGGUCGAUCUGACGCUCUACACAAGUUGAUCAAACUGGAGGCGUACCAGUGUCACGGCCAAUGGGGAAACCAGUUAUGGAUGAUGAGUAAGGACAACGAGAUACGACGUGAUGAUGCCUGCUUCGACCACAAUGGCGGGGAGGAUGUUAUACUCUACCAGUGCCAUCCUAUCAAAGAUCAAGGUUUCCAAUACUGGCUUCACCGAGAGGUGAGUAUCAGAUCACACAGAUAACUUUUUUGUUUCGCGUUUUUUCUUUAAUAUUUCAUCCUAAACUGGGCACAAUAAGACGAAUUAUUUUCAAAUAUGCCCCUCUUUCCUGGGACUAUUUUUCAGUAUUGUUGUUCUCCUUUUUUAGUGCAGUGCAGUUAUCCAAGGGUAGGGGUAUGCUUGCACUUCGACUGAAAGAGUUUCUGAGGGAACCUAGCCAAUAGGAUGGAGAGACGCAAAGCUUCUCGGACUGUCCAAAGUUUUGAAAUUCCGAGGUGUGGAUUUGAACCAGAUAUUUCUGCACCACGGCUCACUGUGGUACCUGGGGAGAUAAUGGUAUACUUCUCACAUUUUUGGCUCCAUUAAGGAAAAGGAAAGGAUGUGCUCUGGACAUCUGAGGGUCUUUACAGAGUCAAGCUGUAAUCUUGUUCCUUGUGCAUAUUCCUCUAUAUAAAGGGCAUAGCAUCUAGCGUGCGGAGUAUUAUUAAGAAAAACAAAAUUAAUAGAAAUUCGAAUUUAGAUUUUAAUGUGCAUCGCUUAAACCGAUUCCAUAAAGCAAACGGGUUUUAUACUUUUAUUUUUUUCAAUACGUUUACCAAUCUUUAAGUUAAUUGUGUAAGUACAGUAGCCCGGGAACUUUUUUAUCUGUGUAUGCUCUAUCCCACACGUUCAUUUUUAAUACGGAAGCAAUACGUUCUGAUAAUUGUCACCGUUUCUUAACAUUAAAAAUGGUUAUAGUCUAUUAAUCUUUAUGGCCAUACUCUAAGCAAAUGAAAAUGCUUUUUCACGACAUAUCAAAAAUGAAAAAAUACCUCCUCCAAAACGUUGGCACCAUGACGUUAUGGUCGGUUUGCAUAAUUUAGAAUAAUCGUCACUGUGUGUGUGUGAGGCCAUACAUGCUACUGGUUUAGAGAAGAAAAAUACGUGGGGGUCAGGAGCAGUGAGAUAGUGU